AAAUGAUGCAUUUCCUAAAUAUCAUGUACUUCUGCACUUCGAUGCAUCCAUACAUGGAGGAAUGGGAGGGGCAAAAAUUGCGCAAUAGGGUGGAACGACUGAGGCAAGAUGACUCGUAUGCUCAGCAUGAUGCAGAAGUCAUCGCCUCGGUAAUGGCGGAGCAGUUGGACAGUGAGGUCUCUGGCCCCCAGAAGCUCCCUGUACCUGUGGAAAAGCUCAGCUUGUAUGCGAUGCCGCCGAGAACAUUCACUCUGUUCGACGAUGGGUUCUCUCGGAAUGAAGAUAGCACCUACUCUGCCUAUCCAGAGUAUCUAGGCGGUCUUGUAGGCUGGCAGGACACGGAGCAGGUUCAGAAACUCACGGCAGAAGACAAGGCGCUGAUUCACAAGUUUCAACAACAGCACGGCCUACCAAUUACAGAUUUUGACGAGCUUCAGCGGAGCUGAGCGGUGAUGCCUGCGCAGCGUAUUAUCGGCGGCAAGAGGAGGACUUCGUCAUGGGAGGUUGGAAACCAGGUACCGAGUCUGAGCAACUCUGUGAAUCCAUCGCUGGACCCGCAAGAGCUUUUUAUUGGCGUACCCGCCUGAGACAGCUUCGCACCAAGUACAAAGAGAAGGCUAGGUGAAGAUCGAACCCCUCAGACCACCGUUCAUCCUGCAUCGCGCUACUUUUUUGCUCAUCUCAAUUGGCGUCGGUAGUCGCGCAACAAGUCUCAGUUCUGGGCUUGGCAG